AUGAGAUUUACGAUAUUACUCUUCCAAAUUAUGUAUUUAAUAUUUCGAGUAGUUAGUGGAUCUAAUAGUUAUUACUGUACAGGUUCAAAUAGUGGUAUGAGUGGUAACAUACAUUUUAAAUGUAUAAAAACACUAUGCAACAGCACUUCGUGUGAAACAAUAAUUGACUAUUUAGAUAAACCCGGACCGGACGUAAUUAUAGAUACCAACAAUAAGGUAUUGUUGAAUCUUGAAAUCGAAAACAUUUCUACUAUUCACGUACUAUUUAUUAAUUAUGUUCGUGAUUCAAUAAAUUCAAAUUUCACAAUGUAUCGUCUCUUGAAACCAAUCGUUUUAAAAGUACAGUUAGCUGGGCCAAGAGAGUUGUAUAAGUUACGCUUUAUAAAUUACGUAAAUGGUGGACCAACAGAAGAAGUCAUCAGUAAAGCGACCCGGAAGAAUUACUUUGGAUGCGAUUCUGGAAAUAUUAACCCAACGUGCGGUGUGCAAUAUUAUGGCUUAAAUGAACCGGUGCCUUUUUCAAAAGGUUUUUGUUGUUCGUGUCUUGAUUCGGUCAAUGCUGCACGUCAACAAAGAUCAUCCGAGGCAGUUAACAAAAAUAACAUUUCAAUAACGACCAACAAUGAUAUUGUCAUUCAACCAAGAGGCGAACAAGAUUGUAAAAACAUUAGUGAAAGUCCUAGUUAUGCGAAUUCAUUUGCUUACCACGAGAGUGCGCAUUGUUUUAGAUAUAGCGAUUUAUGGCUCAAUGUUUAUAAAGUAGAAAAAUCAGAAACAGUCUUGCCACUAACAUUGGAAUUAUUCAAAAAAAUUGAAAGUAGUAGCGUUUACGUACUUCAGCAACAAAGUUCAUCUUCACUAUCAACCAACAGGAAACUGACCAUUUACAAAAAUUUAGUAUCGUACCGAUACGAGGUCAAAGGUUUAAAUGAAACAGUCGACAACGACUUGAUGGCCAUGUUUAUUCUGAUACCUCAGGACAUACCUAAAGCUUAUCAAUACGGUCUCCCGCACUUAAACAAUCAACCGGCCGGAAAGUACCUCGCUAUCCAUCCGAGCAAGAUGUCGAAAAACGGCGGUGCCGAAUGCGACAAAAUCGGAGUGGAACCACGAGCUUUCCACGAACAACCGGACAGGUGUUAUCGGCCGCGAGGCAGCUGUCUCGGCCAACAGCCCAUCCAACUGCUGCGGCAGCGGGAGGAAGACUGCAGUGGGGAGCCUUUGGCGGGCUCCACAAGUGGCCGUUUGUUCGUCGAAGACUAUGUAAAAGGCGACAUCAGUUUCGACAACGUGGCGGACCACAUUAUCGUGGACCGUCAACCGUUCUCGUCCGAUGCCGAAACACCCGUUUCCGUGCAGAGCGUCGGAGAGGUCAGACUAGACGACAACGCAGUCGUCAACGACAAGGUUUUACUUCAGAUAAGCGAGAUACACGCGAUUCUUGACAACGGCUGUAAUAACACCGCAAAAUUGCUCGUAUUCGUGACGAAUUUAGGUUUGAAAACAGCAGAAUUCUUCAUUGACACUUCUGGUCAAUCAGAUUUGAAAAAAAUCGAAAAAAAACGGGGACAAGUGAUUGUACAUCCCCAACAGACCGAAAAGAUAUUUAUGGCAUUCGAAUGCCACACUAACGAGUGCGUCGCAACCGUGCGAUUGUACGCCAACCAAACCGCCGCCACCACUGCCACCGCAGUGGCGUCCAGAAAAUUCAAGAUCGUCCGAGGUUCCGGCUGCUACUGCCUGUGGCACAGACGGUGCAAGUGUUACCAGACCGUAUCCCCGUGUACCACCGGUGGCCGAUCGCUGAGCCAGGCACAGUACACUGCGGCCGGGUUUCUGGGCGACGUGCCCCCGAGGACGGCGGUCGCCGAGGAGGCCGUCCGCGAUCGAGACACGCUGGUCGCCAGUCUCGUCUUGCUGAUCGGCUACUUGGCCGUGGCGUUGGUCCUGGGCCUGCUCAAAGGUAUGUCGCCGUACCGCAGCCACUGGCUGUGGAUAGUCGGCCCAGGUAAGCGGCACUUGGACGCGUACAAAGAACCGGAACUCAGAGCGUGCCCAGUGACCCGGGACGACCGCGGUUACUGCGUGCACCCCGUAACCAGGUCCCGGCACAUACGGCUGCUGGACAGGGGACAGGAAUUCGUUGCCAACGCGCUCUUUUUCGUCAGCCUGCCGACCGCCGCGGUGUACCAGGCGUACUGCAACCUGACGAGCGAUUGCUGUUUCCAGGCCCAAGAACUGCACUCGUCCUAUUCCACUGCUUUGUCGGCCAACGGGAAGUUCCAUGACUGUUGCGAUUUCCCGUUUCUGCAAGAAUCGAGUGCAUCGGAAAACGUCGAAUGA